AAAUGGCAAUCUCCCCAUCCUCCCCCCCUCCCCCAAUAAAUGUCAUUGCCCCAAACCCAGGGCUGCGUGCAGGUGGCACUGCCCAGCUCCUCGGCCUCGCUGGCUCCCAGCCCACCCUGCUGACAAUAGACCCCCCCUGGACACCGCUGUUCAAGGGGCAGAAAGUGGAGCUGACCUGCGGGGACCACAACGUGAGCGUCUCCACCACCUGGUACAAGAACGGGAAGCAAUGGAAGAGCACAGCCUCCAACCGCGUCCAGCUGACCCUGAGUGAUGAAGUGAAACACCAAUUCCGGUGCCGGAACCGUGGCUUCGAGCUCAGCCCCGCCAUUAACGUGAACAUCUCAAAUGCCUGGCUGGUGCUGCAGGUGCCGGCGCGGGCGGUGCUGGAGGGGGACGCACUGUCCCUGCGCUGCAGAGCCUGGAAGGACACAAAGCUCAGUGGGGUGCAGUUCUCCCGUGGCAAGGUGCUGCUGCAGGACAGACGUGGGGACGAACUGCUGCUGUCCCCUGCAAAGCAGGAGCACAGCGGCCGCUACCAUUGCUCGGGCGGUGGCGGGGACGGAGGCGGUGGGAGCCGAGCUGGUGAGGACAGCGGGCGAAGGGCUGGCGCUGAGCUGCGCGGUGCAGGCGGGGACGGCGCCGGUGGCCUUCACGUGGCUGCGGGACGGGCGGGAGCUGGGCACGGGCCCCACCUGGCACCUGGAGGCGCUGGGGCCGGAGCACGCGGGCACCUACCAGUGCGUGGCCACCAACCGCGUGGGUCCCCAGCGCGUCUUCAGGGCACACAGCCCCACACUGCUCAUCGUGGUGACACUGUGGGGACGGCAGCGGGUACAAGCCCUGGCCGUGGGGCUCAGCGUGUCCCUCCUGGUGCUGCUGGCUGCCACCGCUGCGCUGGGCUGGCACUUCUGGCGGCGGCGUCACCCAGCAGCCACCAAGAGCCAGCACAGGGACCCCACAGCCCCUCCCGCCCGCCCUGCCCCACCUGUCCUCAGCACGGACCCCUCGGAACCUGAGCACAGCAACGUGCUGCUGGGGACGCCGAGUGCCGGGGAUGUGUUGUACUCCACUGUCACCAUCACAGAGCAGCGAGGGGGUGCGUCCCCCUCCCCCUGUGGCCUCGCUGCCCCCCAGGAGCCACCCAUCACCUACGCAGCACUGCCCGGCCCCCAAGGGCUGCAGCGUCUCCCCAGUGACAGCUACGAGAACACUCCCUGCGCGUGACACCGGGGGAGCCAGGUGACACAGAGCGGUGGCCCUGUGCUGUGCUCCAUGCGAGGACACCCAGUGCACAACAUGCUCCUAUAACAAAUCCCAAAUAGACGAUCUCCAUGCCUCUUC